AUGGCACCUUUCAAACUUUCACUAAUACUACUUGUUUCAUGGCUUCUAACAACUACUACUAUAGCAACCAACAUGUCCAAAAUUAAACCUGGCCAAGAUAUUGCUGCUAGACUUCAAGUACUAGAAGGUGGAGACGGAGGAGGAGAAGCUACCAUGCCAGUAUGUUGGAACGCGUUAUUUGAGUUGAAAUCAUGCACGAAUGAGAUCAUACUCUUCUUCUUCAAUGGUGAAUCUUAUUUAGGGAAAGAUUGUUGUAGAGCUAUAAGAACUAUAACUUAUAAUUGUUGGCCUUCUAUGCUAAGUUCCGUUGGUUUUACUGCUGAAGAAGUUGAUAUUCUUCGUGGUUAUUGUGGCACCCCUUCACCUGAAUCUGCUGUAGAGUUUAAUGUCUAA